GCCCCUCCCUCCGCGCACGCGCCCCGCGGCGCCCCGGCGGCGGAGCCAAGAUGGCGGCGGUGGUUCAGAAUGUGGUCAAGCUGCUGGGCGAGCAGUACUACCGGGACGCCAUGGAGCAGUGCCACAGCUACAACGCGCGGCUCUGCGCCGAGCGCAGCGUGCGCCUGCCCUUCCUGGACUCGCAGACCGGCGUGGCCCAGAGCAACUGCUACAUCUGGAUGGAGAAACGGCACCGCGGGCCCGGUCUGGCAGCCGGGCAGCUCUACUCGUACCCGGCGCGGCGCUGGCGCAAGAAACGCCGCGCCCACCCCCCGGAGGACCCCCGGCUCUCCUUCCCCUCCAUCAAACCCGAGGCGGAGCAGGCUCUGAAGAAGGAGGGGCUGCUGGCUCAGGACGGGAGCAGCCUGGAGGCGCUGCUCAGGACGGACCCUCUGGAGAAGCGCGCGCUGCCCGACCCGCGCAUGGACGACGACAGCCUGGGCGAGUUCCCGGUCACCAACAGCCGCGCCCGCAAGCGGAUCCUGGAGCCCGACGAUUUCCUGGACGAUCUGGACGACGAGGAUUACGAGGAGGACACGCCCAAGCGGAGAGGGAAGGGCAAGGCCAAGGGAAAAGGUGUCGGGGGGGCUCGGAAGAAGCUGGACGCCGCCAUCCUGGAGGACCGGGACAAGCCCUACGCCUGUGACAACAGUUACAAACAAAAGCAUUCCUUGAAACCUCCCGACCGAGGUAGUUCCGCUCUCUCUCUGCUCGUUUUUCCUGCUCUUCCUCCUUUUUUUUCCCCCCCCUUUUUUUUUUUUUUCCAACGACAACAAAAACAAAAAGAGCCCAAAUUCCCCCGUGGAGCCGCGGGAGGGGGGAGGGAGAAGCCAAAGGCCACGGGAGCGACGUCAGCGCCGGCCCCGCUCGGGCCCCCUGACCCUUUUCCAGCAGGGAACGGGGCCGGGAAAACAAAGAUUAACCCCCCCCUGUGGAGCCAGCAAUGGGAAAAACACGGAGUUUGCACCCCAAUCCCGGAGUUUGCACCCAAAUCCCAGAGUUUCCACCCCAAAUCCUGGAGUUUCCACCCCAAUCCUGGGGUUUCCACCCCAAAUCCUGGAGUUUGCACCCCAGUCCUGGAGUUUCCACCCCAAAUUCUGGAGUUUCCACCCCAAAUCCCAGAGUUUCCACCCCAAAUCCUGGAGUUACCACCCCAAAUCCCGGAGUUUGCGCCCCAAUCCUGGGGUUUCCACCCCAAAUCCUGGAGUUUCCCCUCCAAUCCCAGGGUUUCCGCCCCAGUCCCAGAGUUUGCACCCAAAUCUUGAAGUUUGGACCCAAAUCCUGGAGUUUCCUCCCGAAAUCUCAAGAGUUUCCACCCCAAAUCCCAGAAUUUGGAUCCAAAUCCCAGAGUUUGGACCCCAAUCCUGGAGUUUCCACCCAAAUUCUGCAGUUUCCACCCCAAAUCUCAGAGUUUCCCCCCCAAUCCCAAAUCCCAGGAUGUGCUGCUGCCUCCACCCCCCCCCCCAGUUGUUUUCCUGCUCCAAAUCCGCAGAGUUUUGCCUCAAAAAAGCCCCAAAAGCGGGGAUGGGCCGCAGGUGGGGAGGGGGAUUUGGGAUCUUCCCGGGAGGCUCCUCUGCCUCCCCUCGGGAGGAGAAUUCCAGAGUCAGGUUUGGAGAUUGUCCUGGAGCUUUUGGGGGGAGAAAAGGCGAUUUUGGAGCUCCGUGGAUGGGGAGGGAAGCGGGAAUUUCACGGGAAUUUCACGCUGGGAUUGCGGCUUUUCCCUGCUCCUGCUCCAGUCCCAUUUUCCCCACAGAUCCCAGGGCGAUUCCCGGGGUUUUUAUCCCAAAAAUCCCAGCCUGGGCUGCAGGAUCCAGCCUCCCUCUGGAAGUUCAGCCCUGUUUUCCCUGACCCAGCUGCUUUUUCCCUGAUUUUUCCAUGGUCUGGGGCAGAUCCUGAGGUGGAAACGGAUCCAGAACCUUCCGUGGUGUUCUGGAAAAGCCCCAAAAUCAGGAAAUCUCAUCCCAUUCCCAAUUUUUGGAAAAAUGCAGGGGAAACUUGGGAAGCAUCUGUACCAAGGCCUGGAAUUCCCCCUCUGGCGCUGCUUUUUUGGGAUUUGAUCCCAAUUCCUCGGGCUCGUCCUUCCCACGCCGAAAUGGGGCUGGAAAGGGAUUUUGGGGUGUCCUUGGAUAAGGAAAAACCCCAAAAAUCCCUGGAAAAGCAGCUCUGGGGAACUGGAGCCCAUUCCCUGAUCCACGAGGAGCCGGCUUGAGGCAGGAAUCUCCCAAAUUCCGGGGUGGGAAGGGGGAAAACCGAUGGAUUUGGGGGUUCUGAGGAGCUGGGGUGGAUCCAGAGCUCCUGGCACAUCCCUCCAUGGAACCCCAGAAUUCCCAAGGUUCCCCUUC